CCUAUAGUUAGAAGAUCUUGCCUUGAAAAUCGCAAAACGUCCGGAGUCGUCGGUUGCGACGGCUGUGCUUCACUUGGAUUUCCUGGCGCGUGAAUCUAACUUCCUGUAAUCCGUUUUUUUUACCGCGAAACACGUGGUUUUGAAGAUGUCUUGCCCCAGGGUUCAGCAAUCAAACGGCGAAGCAACUCUCGCUUCUCCGAGAAAGAAACAACGUACAUCGAUUUCCGGACCAAUUUCCAAGGUCACGGUUGUCCUGGGAGCCCAGUGGGGUGACGAGGGCAAGGGAAAAGUCGUCGAUGUUCUUGCUGCUGACGCUGACAUUGUCUGCAGGUGUCAGGGAGGAAAUAAUGCAGGUCAUACGGUAGUAGUUGACAAGACCGAAUUCCAUUUUCACCUUCUGCCUAGCGGAAUUAUCAAUCCGAGAUGCAAGUCUGUUAUAGGGAACGGAGUGGUUAUACAUUUGCCGGGAUUGUUUGCUGAACUCGAGGAAAAUGAGGCGAAGGGACUGAAGGAUUGGAGGGACAGACUUGUCAUUUCCGAUCGGGCCCAUCUCGUUUUUGAUUUUCAUCAGCAGGUUGAUGGACUCCAGGAGCAGGAGAAGGGAACGCAGUCGCUGGGGACGACCAAGAGGGGCAUUGGACCGACUUAUUCGAGUAAGGCGACCAGAAAUGGCCUCAGGAUCGGUGAUCUUCUCGAUGACUUUGACAAGUUCUCGGACAAGUUUAAAACUUUGGUGGAAUCUUAUCAGAGAAUGUUUCCCACUCUGAAGGUUGACGUGAAAGCUGAAUUGGAACGCUACAAAGGGUUUUCUGUGCGAAUCAGGCCACUGGUGAAAGAGACGGUUCACUUUCUCCACCAGGCCCUUCGCGAUGGGAAAAAAGUCCUCGUGGAAGGCGCGAACGCCGCGUUGCUCGAUAUUGACUUUGGAACUUAUCCGUAUGUGACGAGUUCGAAUUGCAGCAUCGGCGGUGUGUGCACGGGCCUUGGUUUGCCACCGAGCACCAUCGGCGAAGUCGUUGGAGUCUGCAAGGCUUACACAACUCGAGUUGGCGACGGUCCCUUUCCCACUGAACUCCUCGACGCCACUGGAGAUCUCCUCCAGAGUAGAGGACGCGAAUUUGGCGUCACGACAAAGCGAAAAAGACGCUGUGGCUGGCUUGAUCUUCCACUCCUUCGAUUUACCGCCUUGGUUAAUGGAUACACUGCCAUCUGUUUGACAAAGCUUGAUAUUUUGGACACAUUGCCAGAAAUAAAAGUCUGUGUUGGUUAUCGUUUAGACGGAGAAGAAAUCGACUAUGUUCCGAGCAUUACCUCUGAGCUCGCAAAAGUCGAAACGAUAUAUGAGGAGGUGGAGGGUUGGGUAUCCAAUACGGAAGGCGCUCGUUCAUUAGAAAAAUUGCCACCUAAUGCCCAGAAAUACGUUCGGAAGAUUGAAGAUUACUUGGGCAUUCCUGUGAAAUGGAUUGGUGUCGGUGCCGGGCGAGAAAGCAUAAUCACCCUCUGACGACUUUCCGAGGGAGAAUCGGCCGAAGAAAAAAGUUUCGGAUUGCUACGUUUAAGUUGAAGGAAUGGAUUCUUCGUGUCUGAAAGCUAAGCUGAUUUUGCUUGCAUCCAGUCAGUGAGAUUCGGCACUAGCAGUAAUAUUAUAUUUAAAAAAAGAGAGAUGACAGUGGAAGAAACAGUUAGACUAGUUAUAAAAUUUAACGUUUUAAAAAAACAAACGCACGUGAUGAAAUCUCCCGACUGGUGGGAUUGGUCCAAGAGUAAUUUUCAUUUUUAUUAUUAUUAUUACAAUGAUUACAAUUACAGAUUCAUUAUCAAAAGUUCUUACUCAUCAUAAUUGAAUGAAUGCAUGAAAGAAUGAAAAGAAGGUACUUGCUCGUGGCGCAUUGACGUGAGAAUUAUUGCUCGAGGCUCUUGUACAAAAUAUUUAAUUAACUAUUUGCGUUAUUUAUAUUGCUUUCUAGCUAUCUAUUUUAUCUAUUUUACUCUAUUUCAUCUAGACCUGCGCGAUUUUAAUUUUAAUCUUUGCGAUGUGAUUUAAAUUGUACGUGAUGAGGAGGAGGAGGAGGAGGAAGAAGAGGAUAAUGAGAAGGAGGAGGAGGAGGAGGAGGAGGAAGAAGAGGAUAGUGAGGAGGAGGAGGAGGUUUUUAAUAUUUCAGGAUUCAGGAAUCGUUUUCUAAUUUUAAAACGUUUCUUUCAAGUUAAAAAACUUGUUUUUCAUAUGGCAAACACUCACUCUGUACUUAAUUUCGAGUUUGAUUGAGGUAAUGAUAAUGAUGUUGAAAUAAGACAAUGAAAUCGCUUUAAAUCUA